AUGAGUUCACGACUGAAGUUGGAGUUUCAGAAGAAUUUGCUCAAUAUUUGCGUUGGAGUUUCAGAAGAAUUUGCUCAAUAUUUGCGGUACGCGCGCCGGUUGGAUUUCUUCGAGACACCAGAUUACGAGUAUUGCUAUAAUCUUUUCAAAUCAGUGCUUGAUAGGCUUGGAUAUGCCUAUGAUUACGAAUUCGACUGGACGCCAAAGCUUAACCAAGUGUCAACUCCUUCGGGUUCUCUCCAUGCUGGUGACGCACAUAAAGCAGAAGGUAAACGAGCCGGCGGCAUCGGCAAAGGACGACAAGAUGAUACACUGAGACCGUCCAGUCAGACUCCCGGUGGUGGUAUUCAACAGGGUGGCGGGUUCGGCUCAACUCAGGUGAUCAAUUCAAAUGCGGGAGAAAUGAUCGAAGACAACGGUGGCCGAUCACAGCAGCCAAUCACGCGUAUUGAAGAGAGCAGCGAAGUGAAGUAA